AUGAGUAGCACUACAACAAAUACAACAACAGCAACACCAGCAAUUCAAGUGAAUGGUAAUCAAUCAUCAUCACCACAAUCACCAUCAUCAUCAACAUCAACUUUAUCACCACCAAUGUCACCAUCACUUUUAACUCGUUAUAGAGAGCAAAAAGCAGUCAAUAAACAAAUUGAAAAACAAUUAAAAGAAGAGAAAAAGAUAAUGGAUAGUGAAUUAAAAUUAUUAUUACUUGGUACUGGUGAUUCUGGUAAAUCAACAGUCGUUAAACAAAUGAAAAUCUUACAUCUUGAAGGUUACUCUCAAGAGGAAAGAAUUAAUCAAAGACAAUUUGUUUAUAGAAAUAUCAUUGAAAUUGCUUAUUCAAUCAUUCGUGGUUGUGGUGUUUUAAAUUUAACAAUUCCAUCACAAUUUGAUUCAAUUUGUUCAUCUAUUGAAGAAAUUUAUGAAACUAAAAAUUAUACAAAUUUAGAUAAAAAUGUAUUAAAAGGAGUUGCAGAACUUUCUAAAAAUGAAUCAUUCAUUAAUGCUGCUAAUAAUAGUGGUUCAAAUUUCCAAUUACAUUCAUCUUCACAAUACUUUUUAGAUGACAUUGCAAGAUUUUCAGAGGAAGAUUAUAUACCAACAGAUCAAGAUAUUUUAUAUACUAGAGUUGCAUCAACAUCUGUUAGCGAAACUAGAUUUUCAGUUAGGGGUAUUAAAUUUAGAAUGAUUGAUGUAGCAGGUCAAAGAGGACAUAGAGAUAAAUGGAUUCAUCAUUUUAGUGAAGUUACAGCAAUAUUAUUUGUAAUUUCAUUAUGUGAAUAUGAUCAAGUUUUGGAAGAAGAUGGUAAAACUAAUCGUAUGAUUGAAUCAAUUAAAGUAUUUGGUGAUAUAAUUAAUCAACGUUGGUUCAAAGAUAUUCCAAUCAUUCUUUUCUUAAAUAAACGUGAUUUAUUCGCAGAGAAAAUUAAAAAGACUGGUAUUUCAAUUUGUUUCCCUGAUUACACUGGUCCAUCCGAUGAUUACGAACAAUCUUUGGUCUUUUUGAAAAAGAAAAUUUUAUCUGCAAAUAAAACUUCAAAAGCAGUUUAUACAAAUGUUACAACCGCAACUGAUACAACUAAUAUUGGUCAUGUUUUUGAAGCUGUAAAAGAUAUUCUUACUCGUCAAACUAUGGAGGAAGGAGGUAUCUAA